UUAUACAAUAAUAAUAUUGCAAAUGAAAGCGAAUCUCUCAGUGGAAAAUUGUAGUUGCUAUAUCAAGAACUUAUUAUUUUUUAUAAAAAACACAAUGAUUUUGUAUAUUAUUUUAAUUUUUUUUUUUGCCAUAAUAAUGGUAAAAUUAGUGAUUUACAUUUUAAAAAUAAUUGAGAGACAAAAAUUUUUUAAAACACAUGGAAUACCACAUGAGCCGGGUGUGCCAAUUUUUGGCAAUAUGUUACCUGUGAUUACAAGAAAAAAGGGAAUUGGUGAAAUGGUGAAAAAAUUGUAUGACACAAAUAAAAAUGCAAAAUAUUUUGGAUUCUAUGAUUUUUCAAAUCCAGUAAUUAUUCUUCGUGAUUAUGAAUUAAUUAAAUCAGUGGGAAUAAAAAAUUUCUCAAGUUUCGCUGAUCAUGGAUUAAUUGGAUCAGAAAUAAAUGAUCAGCUUGUUGGUAAUUUAUUAUUUAAUUUAAAGGGUGAAAAAUGGCAUAAUAUACGAAAUUUAAUGAGCCUUGCAUUUACAUCGUGUAAAAUGAAAAUUUUUUAUAAACUUAUUGUCAAUGGUGCAACAAAUUUUGUCAAUUUUUUAUUAAAUGACAUUGAUAAUAAUAAAAUGAGAGAAAUGAAAGAGACCUUUUCACGAUGUACCAAUGAUAUAAUAACUUCUUUUGCAUUUGGACAAUGUGUUAAUACAAUGAAAAAUCCAAAUAAUGAUUUUUAUUUAUACGGCAAGGAAGCAACAAAUUUUGCUAAUUUAUAUUUAAAAAUUAUUUUAAUGAGAGGAUUUCCAUAUAUUAUGAAAUUAUUAUGUGUUAAAUUUUUUCGUUCUGAAGUUAAUAAAUUUUUUAAUGAAACAAUUAAAUGUACAAUAAAUAUGAGAGAUAAAAAAGGAAUAAAACGAUUGGAUUUAUUGCAAAUUUUAAUGGAUGCCAGGGGAAAAAAUAAGAAUAUUGAACUCACUUAUGAAGAAAUAACUGCACAAGCUUUUGUUGUUUAUUUUGGUGGAUUUGAUACAACAUCAACAAUAAUGUCAUUUAUGGCACAUGAACUUGCAAUUAAUUUAAAUAUUCAAAAUCAAUUACAAGAUGAAAUUGAUUCUGUAUUUCAUGAAACGAAUGGUAAUCCUACUUAUGAUAUGAUAAAUUGUCUUGAUUAUUUGGAUGCAGUGAUAAAUGAAACAAUGAGAAAAUAUCCAAAUUUUGCCGCAUUAGAUAGAAUUUGUACUAAGAAAUUUAAUUUACCACCAGCGAUUCCAGGUGCAAAAUCAAUUGUCAUACAUCCUGGUAUGAUGAUUUGGAUUCCAGUAAUUGGUUAUCAUUAUGAUUCAAUUUAUUAUAAUGAUCCAGAGACAUUUAAUCCAAAUCGUUUUUUGAAGAAAAAUUUUAAUGACAGUCAAAAAUCGACAUUUUUGUCAUUUGGCAUUGGUCCUAGACAAUGUAUUGGAAAUAGAUUUGCAAUGCUUGUAAUGAAAACAGUAUUUUUUCAUUUGUUAUCGCAUUUUAAUUUUAGAAUUUGUUCGAAAACAAAUGUACCUUUGAAAAUAAGUAAAAAAUCACUUGGUUUUGGUGCCAGCGGUGGUUAUUGGAUUAAAUUAGAGAAAAGAGAGAAAAUUAAUACAAACAUGGAGAUUAUGGAAGAUGGAAAUUUAGUGGAUCGAGUGAGAAUAUUACUACAAAGGGAUAUGAAAUAUUAUCAGGAAAUGCAAACAGUUCUUCGUGAAACAGUUUGUGUUCGAGUUAGUGGUGGAAAAUUGGAUUUCCCUAGGCACGCUUCUUUUGCCGCUAUAAAAAUUGUCACUUGGUGGGAGGCUGAAUUUAGUGUUGCUUUCAAGGGCCCAUCCGGUCUAAGUUCAAAUCAUCAAGAAAAUGAUUUAAUUAUUGAUGGUGAUGAUGAUGAUGAAGAAGAAGAAGAAGAAGAAGAAGAAGAAGAAGCUGUUAUUAAAACCAUACAGCCAUCGGAAUUAAUAUUAUUGGUCAUUGAUACUUCAGAGCAAUUAAUAGAACAUUUGCAUACGCUCAUACAGGAAUCGUUAGAUCAUGCUGAUUUGACGGUAUUGACAGCAACUUUGGGAGCAGCUGCCUUAGUUCGAAAUUGUCUUUGGUGUUAUAAUCAACGUGCAAAAGGAAAAGUUUCAAUUGAUUCAAGUGAAAAAUUAUACAAAUGUUACAAAUCCUUUCAAGAAAUGUCAGAAGCAGUUGCUGAAAGAUUACUCGAUUUGCAUUGUCGUUUAAUAUCUCUUUAUGUUUUGAACGAAGCUGAUUCACUUAAUUGGGAAUGUGAAAGAUCAUUUUUCGAAAAGGAACGUUCAUCCUAUGUCAUUCAAAUGUGGUGGCUUUAUAUGCAAGGUACUAAAGCGGAUUUAUGGAACACUGUGUCGCCAAAAAUGGCACAAAGAAUAUUUUCUGGAAUGUUAAAUGAAUCUCUAACAAUUCUUACAUCUCGCUUUGUUCACGGUCGUCCCAGUUUAGCAAGAUCGGAACAAUUUUGGGCAGAUGCUUUCAAUGUGCUUUGUUGCACUGCUUAUUUAACAUUAAGCGCUUGUUUGGAUGGAAAGGAAAUGAUUGGUUCGCAGAAAAUAAAAUUAUCAAUUCUAAUGAGGGAUAUUCAUUCGAAAUGUUAUGAACUUUUAGUUUGUCUCUUAUUAAGAGGAACACCACUUAAAAUACUUUAUCAGGUUUUUCGAAAUGGACUGGAGAAUUUGAUAAUUUCACAACCACGUAGUGGACCAUCACCUUGGCUGAUUAUGUCCGCUUCUGACUUACUCGGAUCAACACAAGGCAGUUAUGAAAAAAAUUUUUCCAAAAGUCAAGCAAUUAUUUUGGAAAUUAAUGUAUUAAAAUCACAGCCACAGCCAAAUUGGCCGCAAACAGUUAAAGUAUUUUUGAUGAAUGACUACGUAGUAUCAAAACUUUUACUUCGAUCAUUGGUGAGACAAUGUAUUGGUAAAUGUGAAGAUAUACAAUUAUCAAAAUCAAAAGAGGGAAAAAAAUUGGAUAAUACUUGUGGUGGUUUUUUAUGUGCCGGAAAUUCAUGUCGUUUAAUAUUAAAUAUAACAGCAAAUUCCGCUCUAUUUAGUCUUAUUUUUAUUUUAAUCAAUACUGUCAAUGAUCCAUUGAAAGUUAUUGUUCCUGCAUUGAAACUUGAUCCAUCAUGGUCCAAUUAUCUUGACAGACAACAAAUGUGGAAUCAAUCACGACCACCUUGGUUGAAUGCUCUCUUGUUUCCUUUGCAUUCAAUGAUGACGCCUAUCGUAGAAACGCUUCUUGACGCCGUUAAAACAGGAGCGAGCAUUUAUCAAGCAAUGUCAUUAGCAUUGGCAUGUUUGAUGGAAUUGCACAUUUCCAUACCCAUUGGAAUAUUGCGAACGGCCAUUGCAAUGAAUGAAAAUAUCCCAGCUCAUUGUCGACCAAUAGGUGGUUCAGUAUUACUGCAAAUAAUGUGCGCCGCACUAUAUACAGCUUUACUACAAAUAUCAACAUCAAUAAAAUCAAAAAUCCCACGAAAUCCAAUGAAUCUUAAAAAGGAGCCCGGAUCCUUUGAUCCAAACGAUAAAUCUUCAUCGUCACUUGCCUUGGCUGAGGCACUUUGCAGUAUUGACGAGGACAAUAAACACACUGUUCAAAUUGACGAUUUUUUAAGAAUCGUUAAAAAAAGUAUAGAUUCAAGGAAACAAAUGGAAAAUAUUGAGAUUGAGGAUAUGUCAUCUUAUAUAGAAGUUUUAACCGAUGAAUUAUUAUUUAAAAGCGAAGGACGACAUUCCCUAAAGAUCGCACACGAAUAUUUGAUUCGUGCUUCAAAUUUCAUUUUGGAUGCUUUAAAAAGUUGGGACGUUGAUAAAUCGGAAAUUAUCAUUCCAGCUGAUGUACCAAUUAAAAUGAAAACUCUCAAUUACAUUAUGUUUCACAUUGGUGAUAAACCAUUUGAUCAGCUUUUGAUCGGUUACGAGGAUCAAAAUUGGGAGAGGAUGUUUUCUAUUCCCCUGUCAAUUUCACCAGAACGAAUUCGCGGACAGUUACUCGUCAGACCGGAUUUGAGAAAUAUCGAUCGACUCACAUCCGAUGAGCAGGAAGUUGCUAAUUUUCUGAAGCAACUCUGCACCACCGGAAGAUCUGCGAGGUUCAGAUAAAUCAAAAAAGGUGAUGACAUCGUCCGCAAAUAAUUAAAACUCCUUUUUCAUAAUAUAACAUUCUCAGGUAAAUAUCUUAUUUAUAUGUAUAUAUAUAUAUAUUGAAAACUAAAGAAAAAAAUACAUUUUAUCAAGAUAAUUCAGUGCUGUGAAUUAAUUAAUCACAUAAGAAACAUUAUUUUAUAUAUAAUACAUUUAAUACACAUGUUUUUUUUUCGAAAAUUACGACGACAAUUCAAAUAUUGAAUUAGAAGAUAAAUAUAAUAAUAAGUUAAUAAUUUUAACUUCAGUCUUUUUUUAAUUUACGAAAGAAGAAUUGUUCACAAAAAUUUUUUAAUAUGGUAUUUUUUUGCAAAUGAAAUAUUACUUUUAUUAUAUCUUCUAAUUACAAAUAAAAUGAAUUGUCUUUUUUUUUUUAAAUUUAAAACUUCACUUUCAUAUUUAUAGUCUAGAGUUUAUUGCCAACAUUCAGACUUUGGGGAUCUUUCAAUUUCUGAAUGUUGACUCUCAUUUUAAAAAGUGUAAAAGUGCAAGAGAAAGUGUGGUAGACAUGAUAAAUUGCUUUUCUUUUUUUUUUUUUGCUCACAACAAUAAUAAUAUUUGGCACAUUUAUAUAUUGAAUUUAAAAGGGAUUUUUUCUGUGUCUUCUAAUAUUUUUGCAAAGCAAUAUUAAAAUAAUUUAUUUAUUUUUUUAUCUAUAUGUAGGCGACUAAUUUUUAAUUUCUCAUAAAUUGCAAAAACAAUAAAUUCUACUAUAUAGUUUUAAUACAGUUUUUUUUUUAAAUUAUUUUUUAAAUUAGGCCACUUGCCUCUGUUUUUUUUUUCUUGUGCAACGUUUAUAUUUACUUACAGAUAUAAUUAUUUAUUAAAAGAUUGUGGAAUUAUUUAGCGAGUGAUUAAAAGUUCUAUAUAUUUAUCAUAUAUAAUUAAACGUAAUUAGUUUUUUUUUCCAUUCGAAAAUAAUUUUUCCACAUCUCUAUAAUCGAGGAAUUCUCGUAUAAUAAUAUAACAACUUUUGAUUCUUUUUUUUUUUUUGUUUAACUUAAAACACAGUUAAAAAUAAAUUUUCGCAUAAAAUUUAUGAAAAUAAAAUUUUAUUGAAAGAGAAAUAGAAUUUUCAACCUAUUUUCUAAUAUCUUUUAAUUUCACGAAAAAAAGGAAUUAUAAAUUAGAUAAAAUAAUUAUAUAAUCCAGUAUAAAAAUUAUGUGAAAAAGAUUACUUUUCAUUUUCAAGUCUAUUGAUUGUCUCACUAAAUCAUUGUCUUAAUAAUAAUAUUAAUUGUCUUUAUUACAUAAUUUAUAUUGUUAUAUAAUUUAUCCCCUUUUUUUUGGAAAUCAAGAAACAUUAAAAGAAAAAAAAUUUAAUUUUAUCAUUAUUUUUGGGAAAAUAUAUAUUUUUUUUUAUUAGAAUAUGAUUGACGAUUUUUUUUUCGAAAAUCCAGAUAUAAUUUACAGUAUUUUUAUGCCGUUUAUUAUCAAUCGAAUUAUUAAUUAUUAUUAAUAAUUGAAUAAUAACAAUUUGUGAUUUAUAAUUAUAAAUUUAAAUUAAUGUAAAUAUUAAAUUUUUUUUUUCUUUAAUUUUGAAAAAGUCAAAUUAUAUUUUUCAAACGUGAGAGAAACGUAUUUAUUUGAAAAAAAUGAAAUUGUUUUCAAUAAUUUUUUUUUUUUGUUU